UUUAAUUGUUCAUCAAAGUUGGCUGAUGUUUGGAUGUCAAAUGUUUACAAGCCAACUAACCAUCUGUUGAUUUGUUGACCCAACUCGAAAUGACAAUCAAAACUACGUCUAUGACCGGCUUUAAGAAUAGGGAGUAUUCCAUCUCCAUGUUCGAAUAAUGAUUACAUGCUAUCAGCUGUUUUCUUGUUGUGUUGUCAGUUCGGUGUUGUCAUGUAGUUCUGGCAUAUUCAAAAUUUUCAAAAAUAUGCCGAUUUGAAGCCGGUUGCAUUUUAUUUAUUUUUCUGAUAUUCUGAAUGGGGCUCUGCUCAAGAUGCCGCAGAUAGAAGUCGCACUUUCAGAACAAUGCGGAUCUACUGGAAAUGUUAUUGCAUAUGGAAGAGGAGGCCCUAACGAGAUAGCUCCAAUUUUCCAGUCUACUCCUUUUUUUGCGGCCCUAAGGCGGCUUGGAGGGUUCUUUAGAGAGCUGUUGCUACCCCAUGGUUAUCCUGAUAGUGUCAGCCCAGACUACCUGCAAUAUCAGAUAUGGGAUACAGCUCAAGCAUUUUGCAGUACUAUAACAGGUGCUUUCACUACCCGAGCAGUGUUGAAGGGUGUCGGGGUUGGUGAUGCUAAAGCCAAUGCCCUUUCAGCAGCAAUCACAUGGAUCGUUAAAGAUGGCACUGGAAUGAUUGGGAGGAUUACUUUUGCUUGGUGGAAGGGAAACAAACUGGAUUCUGAAUGCAAAAAAUGGCGACUAUUUGCAGACAUUCUAAAUGAUUUAGCCAUGGUGACUGAAUUGUUUGUCCCUCAGUUUCAAGCAAAUUCUAUGCAGAUCCUUUGUACUACAUCAGCCAUGAAAUCAAUAGUAGGUGUAGCAGGGGGCGCAACGAGAGCUUCCAUAACCCACCACCAGGCUAUCAGGGACAAUAUGGCGGAGAUAUCGGCCAAAGAUGGCAGCCAAGAAACGAUGGUAAAUCUGGUCGCUAGCGCAUUGAGCAUAUACCUGUUGCAAAUGCUCAACGGAAACGUGGCAGAAUGGUCUUUCAUCGCAACCCUUAUUAUUUUACAUAUAACAUUCAAUUAUCUGGCUGUUAAAUCGUUGAUAUUCGAUACGUUCAAUGACCAAAGAAUGGCUUUGGUACUCAAGACAUAUUUUAAUGUUGGCACAGUUUUAAAUCCAGUGAAAGUCAACAAAAACGAAGCUGUGAUAUUAGGAUUUGGGGUCAAAGUGAAGAAUUACUGCGGAUUCAAAAUCAUAGUAGGCGAAUCAUUGCAGAGCGUAUUGAAAAGAUACACCUGGGCUGACGUUACACAGGUUCUCUGCGUGUAUAGAGACAAAAAUUAUUUAUUGCUUGUCGAUCUAGAGAAACGGAAAGUAUAUGUUUCAAUGUUGAAAGGCGAAACUGUUGAACAACUGGUAGCAGCAUACUUCCAUGCUGUUUGCCUAGCUGUUGCAACUUCCAUAUACAACGGCGUUAACCUGGAUAUUUACUCAAAAAGGCAACUACGCCAUCCAACUCCUAUAACAAGGAUAUAUACGUUUAUGAAGUCCUAUGAAAGAGCUACACGUUACAGUAACAUUCCAAUCAACCAAUUAUUAGAUUUUAAUGAUUUCGUGAAACAAGAGUAUGCUAUGUUUGAUACUGCCUUACAUAUAAACGGAUGGAGUUUAGCUUCACAUUCUUUGACGGUAGGUGAAUGGAGAAGCGAUUGGGAAUCGCAAUUCAAAAAGGAUAGGUGAUAUGAUUGAAAAUCUAAAUGUAACCGUAUUGUCUUUCUGUAACGAAUAAAGUGUAUUUUCACUAAGUA